AUUACAAAAGAUCGAAAUAUGGGUGCUUUUACAGAGAAGCAAGAGGCUUUGGUGAAUAGCUCGUUUGAAGCAUUCAAGGCAAACCUUCCUCACCACAGCGUUGUAUUCUUCAAUUCGAUAUUGGAGAAAGCACCAGCAGCAAAGAACAUGUUCUCAUUUUUAGGUGAUGCAGUAGAUCCGAAAAAUCCUAAGCUCGCGGGCCAUGCUGAAAAGCUUUUUGGAUUGGUGCGUGACUCAGCUGUUCAACUUCAAACAAAGGGAUUAGUGGUGGCUGAUGCCACACUUGGUCCUAUCCACACCCAAAAAGGAGUUACCGAUCUUCAAUUUGCGGUGGUUAAAGAAGCACUGCUUAAAACAAUAAAGGAAGCAGUUGGGGACAAAUGGAGCGAAGAAUUGAGCAAUGCUUGGGAAGUAGCCUACGAUGAAAUUGCAGCCGCAAUUAAGAAGGCAAUGGCUAUAGGAUCAUUAGUAUAA